UUUAUUUCAAAAUGUAUUAUAUCAUUAAAUUUAAAUUAUGGGUACUUUAGCUGAUUCCUUCUUGGCUGAUUUAGAGGACCUUGAAAAUGAGGACAAUGAACAGGAGAAUUCAGAUUUGAACAAGGAUUUAAAUAAUGUUGAAAACUUCGAAUCCGAUGAGGAGACUCCGAUAAUUGAUGCAGUUGAGGAAUACUUUAACACAUCAGGAUCUUCUGAGAACAGUUUUUCAACUCUUAUAAAGGACCCUGAGAUUAACUCAAUUGUAGAGAAAGCUAAGCUAUUAUCACUGAGUAAGGACCUUAAAGCCACCGAGAUUUCCUUUAUUGACGAAUGUAAUAAAACUGUACUAAAAAUUGACCGGGAGAUUAUAAAUAUUUUCAACUAUGUGAGAGAUAUUUACUCUAAAAGAUUCCCUAAAUUGGAGUCUAUUGUUUACUCACCUCUUGACUACAUUGCCGUGGUUAAAAGGGCUCAAAAUGAAUCAGAUUUUACCAAGAUUGACUUGACAGAUUUAUUACCUAACAGCAUGAUUAUGGCUGUUACUGUUGCUAGUACAGUUGCUUCAGGCACUUGCUUAUCAACGCAAUUUUUAAAUAAAGUUUUGUCAGCCUGUAAUGAAGGGCUUUUACUCGCUGAGUUUAGGAAUGAUUUACUCGUUUACCUCGAGGGGAGAAUGAUUUUAAUCGCACCAAACACUUCAGUUUUAAUUGGAUCAGCGCUUACUGCCAGACUUAUUGCCAAAGUUGGAAGUAUUGAAAACCUCUCCAAAAUCCCCUCUCAAAAUCUCAUGAUGAUCGGCGCCGAUAAAAAUCAAAAUUACAUUCUCAACGGAAUUUUGAAUAACUGUGAUCUUGUUUUGAAUUCUCAACCUAGUUUACGCCUUAAGGCCUUAAGAUUAGUUUGUGCUAAAGUAUCUUUAGCCUCUAGAAUUGACCUGUUUAAACAACACAAAGACGGGAAAAUGGGCCAUGAAUAUCGCAAAUCCAUACUACAAAGUCUAGCCAAAGCUGUUGAGUUACCCCCGGCACCGAUGAAGAAAGCGUUACCAAUACCUGAGGAGAAGGGAGGUCGUAAAAGAGGCGGUAGAAGACAUAGAAAAACAAAGGAAAAAUAUUCUCUGGGCGAGUUUCAAAAGUACAGAAACAGACUCAAAUUCGGACUUGACGCUGAAGACGAUUUUGGCCUAGAAAUGGGUGAUGGCAUGGGCAUGGUUGGUAAAGGCAAUUACGGUAAAUUACUCAUUAAACCCAAGAAAGAUAAAGUACAUAUCCCUAAAAAAAGAGUUGUGUCAAUGCAAUCGAGUGGCGCAACAAAUGGAAUGUCGUCAUCACUAAUAUUUACUCCUUUACAAGGAAUUGAAUUGUGUAACCCAAACUUGACUAGGGAAGUAAAGAGAAAGUCAGUACUCGACAACCAAGGCUUCUUAAAAGUAAAGAAAACUUAA